CAACAGCAUCAACAACUAAGUAAAAGUACCAACGUUGGCAGUUAAUCUUAGCGGGAGUAUUCUAAAAAACUUGUUGCUUGCUUCCUUCUGAAAUGGCAGAAACAUCACAGUUCUCGUUAAGGAACGGCUCUCCAUCGUUUGUGCCACGUGGAUUUGCUACAAGAGAAGGGUUUUCAAAGAGUGUUGAUCCAAGGCCAGAUGACGGUUUGAAAACACCACGUAACUUCACCAAUGCGUCUGCUGAACUGACAAGGAAUUCGAAUUACGUCGUAUCCAAACUGGUGGCCACACCGAAUGCCUUGAAAUCAUCCGCGAGGGAGAACGUGACUGGAUUGAUCAACGAGACAACUUCCCAUGCCCUUCUCAUUUCAGACUCUUCUGUCUCUGUGUGGAAGUACAACUCUAGUGAUAACAUCCCAGUGACUAUAAACUUGCCUGUGGCUCCUGCAAAUGCCGGGUUUCCUCCUAUCGCUCAUUUGGUUUCGCCUAAUCCUGGAUCCUCCGAUCCAGGUGUCGUCAUCAUCAAUUCACGCACUGGUCAUGUUAGAUAUUAUGACAACAUCGAAACUGCUUCUUCAAUCGGGUUAUUACAACACCACAGGGGUAUAGAUGCUCAAAUAAGACUUUCAGAUAGAGAGAUCAUCGUUUCAUCCGAAUCUAUUGAGCCUGCUGGUAUUUUACUUGCAACGUCAACCGGCCGUGUCUUCCUCGUGUCGUUAAGAGACGCUGCUGGUAACCCUAACAUCACUCUAUCUGAAAUUGUCCGCAGACAAUCAUCCUUCUUCACAUUCUCUCUAUCUCCACAGAGGCAAAUUGCAGCUAUCAAGGCUGGUGCUGUCUUAGGACAGGGAAGUAGAAUUGCCAUCACUGUCACCAGAGGAGGAGAGGUUGUCAUUAGAUCUUGUGCAAGAGGAGGGCAAUCAAAUGUGAUCUUGCAGCAGAAUAUACACCAGUCACUCGUUGAACAUCUGUCCCUGGAUAAACAGUACAAGGGCGUCGAUAUAGAUAAAAAUCUUGAGAUUGUCGAUUUGGCGCUGUUGAACAACUUUGACUCACAGGAUGUUUUCUUAGUAUUGACGAACAUCAAGAUAAAUGCCAACGAAAACUCAUACGUUACAUUUGUCAUAAGAAGAGAUGACACUCAACUGUUACUCUUCUCUGCAUAUAGAGUGCGUACGUACUAUACGCCUUACACAAAGCAGCCACAACUCUACGUUCCAUCACCAGGCUCAACGGCAUUCAUCAUCUUCGAGGAUGCAAUUGUAUUAACACAACUACCAACAGAACUUGAUCAUGUCAAAAACAACAGAUUGAGAAAAUGGGAGGAUGUCAUCACUUUUAGACAUGGGCUCAAAAUAGUUGGUAGUGGUAUUGAAAACUAUCUGGAAUUGGAUAAGGAGAUCCUCAAACUACCCUCUGCGUACGUGCUCAUUCCUGAGAUUGGUGUCCUGCGGAUUGAAAGAUUACCACAGGAUGAGUCGAAAUUGUAUGACGAAUCACACCCCAGCGUACUGAAAUCUCAUAUUGAGCAAGCGGUGUUUUAUGGUGGUGAAAAUCUUGGACCACUGGAGUUCGAUCUUCCAGAAGGAAUACAAAUUGAUUCCGUUGAAUUGAAGCAAGGACUGCUUGAGGUUGCUGCUGAAAUCAUGAACUCCAAUUCAGCAUACCUACCUCCAAGAUUAUCAUCUAUCGAGCCCCACUUACAGCUUCGUCAGUCAAAGUUGAAGAGACUAUUGGAGUAUACUGCUUCAAACUUUAGUACGAUUAUUGAUGAAGACCUUGUGAUUCAGCUGGUGAGAGCGUUCGAAAAGGUUACUGCAGCACACGAUAUUUACAAGGUUCUUGAAAAAUCUAACACAACGACCGCUGUUAACACUAUAGUUGAUCAAGCUGUUCAAAAGUUCAGUACGCCAAAUGGAGACUUUUUCCACGCUGGAUUAACAAACAUUAACGAGUUCAUCUUAAUGAUUCUCAAAUCAUUGAAUAAAAUUGGAGGGAAUGAAGCUUUUGCUGUCGAAUUACUGACUAGAGCGUUUAUUCCUGUGUUGGAGGCUGAAAAGGUUUAUCGUUAUGGGCUAUUUAAAUUGGAUGACUCUUUUAUAGGCUCUGAAGAACUAUGGUUUGCUGCCAAUGACGUAUAUUUUGACAUUGACGAAGCAUUUGAAAAGUAUGCUACUAUUACACGUCCAAGCUUGCCAAAUGCGGUUGCGUCUCAGAUGUGUGUGGAGCUCACAGAAAUACUAUUCUACGACUUGCAGCAAAGACUUAAAUGGUUAAAAUCCAAGGUUACGAAGUCAAAGGCUGAUCAGGCUGCCAUUGAACAAUGCGAAACAUUCUAUAAGGCCAGAUCUACCAUUUGGACAAAGACGUUGGUUGUCUUUGGUUCCAAAAUUGAAGCUCUUGCAAUUGCGGAAACAUAUCAAGAUUUGCAGUCACUUGCUGAAAUAUCCGACGGAGAAAGGGAAACUGCCAAAGGUGUCGAAUUGGACAAUAUUCACCUACGCUUCGACUACUAUUUCAAUAAGUUUGGCUAUGCAUUUGCUGAGACUCUUUACAACUACUACAUCCAUACUGGGAAAUACCAGGUGCUGAUACUUGGUUUCCAAGAGUACAGUGAAUACUUGAAAAGAUUCUUUACCGAAAAUGAUCAUCGCAAGAUUUCAUGGGCAAGAGAUAUCUUGGAUGGUGACUACACGAAGGCAGCUGAUAUACUUCUUUCUGUCUCUCAGAAGACCACAGAAAAGCAAACACACAAACAUUUGCAAUUGAGUAUUGCAAAGUUGUCUGCCCUUGCUGAUGUCAACCAGAAUGUGGAUUUGAUCCAAGAUAUUCAAGAGGAAUUAGACUUUGCAGAUGCACAAUCUAGUAUUUUUGACCAGAUAAGUCAAUUCAUAAGAUCUGAUAGCGAUCCAGCUGCUCAAACAGAUGCAAUCGUCUCUGAACUUCUACAACAGCAGUAUAAGAAUGAUGUAACCAUCAAACACACUUUCCAAAGAGCUCUGAAUAGAUUGCUUGGUAACAAAUCCGUGUCUGUUAAUGAGCUGAUUGAUAUAUUUACGCUCAUUGAUUCCAAGAUUACUCAAAACAGUUUAAACUGUUUUUAUGCCCUCAAAGUUCUCCAUUUGAGCUCACAGCCUGAAAGAGAAAAAGUCAUUAACGAAAGACUUAUCUGGACUAGAGCUUUACUUGCUGAUGAUUGGGAGAGUAUUAUCGCUUCUGAAAAUAAGUCAGAUGAGUGGAUCAGAGAACGCUCCGAAAGUACUGUCUUAUUUACAACACUGCUGAACUUCUUCAAAGACCAUGUGUACACUGUUAAUAACGAUUAUCAAAUAUCAUUACCAGAUGUGACAUUGCUUGCUAAUUUGGGAACAGAUGAAGAGCUCUUGUCCAGAUUCACAUUUAUUGGUGAUGAAGAACUACAAGCUUUGAAGAAGGAGCUCAACUCACACAGCUCCGUGAUCGAUGGUUUGAUCUCUUCUGCUAAUCUUGAAGGGUGGGUCAAAGCACUCAUUGGUACUGCUAAUGAGAAGAGUGGUGCUGAUAAAGUGAUAAACUACAGUCAACUUAUAAUCCAAAAUCCAUAACGUAAGGGUCAAAAAAUGAAAUCAUUUACUCAGAA